AUGGCGCGCGGCGCCGCGCAGGCACAGGGGGCGGCGCAGCCGCUGGCGCAGCGGCCGCAGUCGCAUGCGCACGCCGCAGCCGCCGGGGCCGCCGCAGCUGCGCAUACGCAGCGGCCGACGCAGCCGCGCGCACAGCGCGAGGUGGCCGAGGUCAUGGUAGGUGCGGCGCACAUGCAGCGGCCAACGCAGCCGCGUGUGCAGCUGCCGGUGGUAGCGGAGAAACCGACGGGGCCGGCGCACGCGCACGCAGCGCCGCACGCGCCGCGGGUGCAGCGGGAGCAGGCGCAGUUGGCGGCGCACGCGCCGGCACUGCGGGCGGCGCCAAUGGUCGAGAGCGCCGCAGAAGUGGCGUUGGAGGGGCGGCGCCGCGCGGGCGCGACGACAACACACGCCGCGGCAGACCGCGGCACGUAUGCUGCCGACAUUGCAGCAGCGGAGUGCGACUGA